AUGGACAGAAUCGGUAAUUUGAAUGUGGUACAACUGCGUGAAAAGUUGCGGGAUGCUGGUUUGCCCACGUCAGGCAACAAGGCAAAAUUAAUCGAGCGGUGGUAUGAACACCAGAAUAGUGAAAGAUUUUCAAGUGCACUAAAUGAAAGCGUAGAACGGCGGUUGAACCAAUUGGAAAACGCUCUCCAAUCGGUGCGUGUUGGGGCAAGUGCGGUCAGUGCUAUACCAUUGAGUACAUCCUCACCAACACCUGUUGGGUGUUUGGGAGAUAACUGCAGUGUACAGGAGAUCAUGACGGGCAGGGCAAUAUGGGAACCUGUAAGCAUGCCUGUACAUGCUGCGCGGCAAGCUAUGCCGAUAAACGAAGGCAGAGCAACGUUAGGUUCAAAUUCUGCGCAAGCAGCGACGUCGAUUCCGCGUCAUGUCCAGUUCGCCGAAUCAUCGGUUGCAACGUCGCGAAAUUUUGAAAGUAACCCCAUUUGGGCAGCGUCAACGUCAGCGGGGGAAAGAGUAAAUUCAACGACAUAUUCGUUCGCUCAUAUGGGGCAUACAGAACGAAAUGAAAAUCAGAACAUUGAGUUUGCAACAAUGUCUUCACAGGGUGUACGGGGCAAUACAAUGCCAACAUACGUAUAUGCGAAUGAUGUGUUCGCGCCGUCUCGUUAUUUGCCACAAAGUGGGAAUUGGGACAAUCGUUUUAUUUCUAAUGGCUUCGGGAAAGUAAAUGACAUUAUACAAAUCCUGCCAUCGUUUGAUCCGAAUGAUAAAUCGUUGUCGUCGGUGCAGUUUGUCGGUCGGGUCGAGCAACUAUUACAUGUGUAUGAGUGGAAAGAGAAGAUACUUCUUUUUGCAGUACAAGCAAAAUUAAAGGGUGCUGCAAAAAUGUGGAUAGAUUCCGCACCAGUUGUGUAUGUAAAUUGGUCGCAUUUUGUGAAAGAUUUUCUUGAUCACUUUCCGUCAGUGAUUAAUUCAGCUGAUGUCCUAAUCGAACUAAUGAGUAUGCGGCGAAGGGUAAAUGAAACCUCUGAAAGGUUUUAUUAUCGCGUGUUGGCUAAAGGUCAUCAAGGUCGGGUGGAUGACCAAGCGAUCAUAAAGUAUGUCAUAAACGGGUUAAACGAUACGGAUAUGAAAAAGUGUCUAUCAGUGGCAAGGUAUGCUACGUGUAUCGAUUUAUUAUAUGCGAUUAAAAACUAUUGUGCUUAUAAUGUCGCGAAGAAUAGCGCGCCGGUUAAGCAGACAAUGCAAUACAAUAAAAUCAAACGUUCGACAAAUGAAAAGAAGUCAAAGGGUGACAUUAUUUGCUAUAAUUGUCGUAAAACAGGCCACAUAUCGCGGGAAUGUAGUGAGAAGAAACAGAAACCAAAAUGUGGAAAGUGUGGUGAAAUUGGUCACCGUAUAACAGAUUGCACAGGGCAAAAACAAAAAUCCGAAAAGUGCAACGCGAUUGAAGACGAACCUAUCAAAUUUACGGUAAAAAGAGUUUUGGUACAUGACAACGAAAUCGAAGCUUUUGUUGACACAGGUAGUUCACGCUCGUUGGUGCGUAACUCAGUUGCGGCAAACAUAGAACAAUGUUUGAAGGAAAAGUGCUAUGUGCGUCUCAAAGGUUUUGGAGGCGGAGUGUUUGAGUGUUAUGACAAAAUACAAGUCAUGAAAAUUGAUAAUUGCGUACAUUUAUUGGUUGUUGAUGACAAUUUGAUUGAAAAUGAUAUUCUCCUCGGGCGUGAUGUCCUAUGCCCGGGUGAAAAUAAAUACAUAAUCGAUGGUGACAAUUUAUACGUUCAUGAUAGUGACACUAAAACAGUAAACGCGAUUGAAGUUGAACCUAAUACGGGUAAAUAUGGCGAUUUUAACAAGAUUUUUUGUAAAUAUGAAAAACGCUUCUCUACGUUGGGAAAAGCUAACUCGGUGAAGAUGUGUAUCAAACUUUCGGCUGACCAGCCCAUUAAUAUGAAACCGUAUAGGUUUCCUUUUGCAAAACGCCCUAUAGUAAAUGAGACGAUUCAUGACUUAUUAGAAAAAGAUAUUAUUCGAGUAUCUAAUUCUGCGUAUGCUUCGCCGAUAGUAGUGGUUGCGAAGAAAAAUAACGAAUAUAGGAUGUGUGUUGACUACAGACAGUUGAAUCGGGUUACAGUCAAGCAGCCAUUCCCUAUGCCAAUUAUGGACGAACUUUUUGCUAUACUCGCGGGUAAUCGCUAUUUUACUGUCUUAGACUUCAACAUGGGGUAUCAUCAAAUCGAAUUUGAAAAGAGUAGUAAACAAUUCACCGCGUUCUUUACUAAUGAUGGUCAUUACGAAUAUAAUCGUAUGCCAUUUGGUCUGGUAAACGCGCCGGCGGUAUUCCAGACCAUGAUGAAUGAACUAUGCAUUAAAAUGAAACGAAGGAAAGUGAUCGCGUAUCUCGAUGAUGUAAUAAUACCGAGUGUAACUGUGAGUGAUGGCGUAAAAACACUUUGCGAAUUUUUAGCUUUGCUCGAACAGGCCGAUUUGGCUUUGCGGAGAGAUAAGUGCAAAUUUUUGGCCACAGAAAUAAACUUCCUCGGUCAUAAAGUGAACGUUAAUGGUAUUACGCCCGGCGAGUGUAAAGUGAAGGCGAUCCGUGAAUUCCCGGUACCGACUAACGCGACCGAGGUACGACGAUUCUUGGGUCUCACAGGGUUUUUUAGAAAGUUCGUGAAGAACUAUGCGAUCACCGCUAGACCCUUGAACAAAUUAACGACAAAAGAUGCUGCGAAUAACUUUACAUGGGGUGAUAUACAGAGAUGGUUGCUUUUAACUCUUUGA